GCCCCGGCCGGCUACUGACAGGUGCCCCCCCCCCCUUUUUAACUGUGGGAGCUGGAUUCAGAAGCAGCAGCAGCAGCAGCAUGGUGAGGAUCCAGAUCCAGUGUUUGCUCCUCCUGGUUCUCUGUGCCUGGAGCUCGGAGGCCUGGUUUUGGACGGUUAAUUCAGAGACUUCCACGAAAACCACAACAGGGACGCCGGAGGCCGCCGCUUCGGCAAAUACCACUGCGCUGAAUGACACUGCUCUGAAUACCACUGCGCUGAUUCCCACUACAGCAAAUACCACUACGGCAAAUACCACUGCUCUGGAUGCCACUACGCCGGUGACCACUUUGGUGACGAAGCCAAUGGAGGAGGAGGAGGAGGACGAGGAGGACGACAACUUAUCAGGGGCUGGGGAGGAAGCCAUCACCGUGGCGACGGGAAUCCGUAAGUUUGUCGAGGCGUGGGACGAGAGCCCGACCACCGGAGCUACUAACGGAAGCCUGACUGAGAUGGUGGAGAGUGCUAAGCCUAACAUAACGGAGGACAGCAGCGUCUCUCUGCUCCAGCUCAUCGGAGACCCUCCUCCAGACGACGUCUCCAGGGUCUACGGGCCCAGGGGGGAGCCGGCCUACGCCUUCAGAUCCGGGGCGUCCCAGGGCCAGCCGGCUCUGGCCCACGUCCCCAACCCGUUCUACCGCCACUUCUCCCUCCUCUUCCACGUCAGGCCGGCCGCCCCCGCCGCCUCCGUCCUCCUGUCCAUCACGGACGGGCCCCAGAGGCUGAUGCACGUGGCCGUGAAGCUGAGCGCGGUGCAGUCGGGGCGCCAGAAGGUGAGGUUCUUCUACACGGAGCCCGACGCCGAGGCCUCGUACGAGGCGGCCAGCUUCGACGUGCCCAGCCUGGUGGGCGUCUGGAGCCGCUUCUCGCUGGCCGUCUCCGAGGAGCAGAUCACCUUCUACCACGGCUGUGACUCCGAGCCGCAGGUGGCAAAGUUCGAACGGUCUCCGGACCCCAUGGAGCUGGACCCCGGGGCCGGGAUCUUCGUGGGUCAGGCGGGAGGAGCAGACGCAGACAAGUUCCAGGGCGACAUCGUGGAUCUCAGGGUGGUGGGGAACCCUCGAGCAGCCGAGCGUUUGUGUGACGACGAGGACGACGAGGACGCAGCCUCUGGAGACUAUGGCAGCGGUGCAGGAGACAGGACACAAGCAGGACACACUGUCAGGACGACUCCCGCCUCUUUCCGUCCAGUCCCCGAGCCCCCGCUCAUAUCCUCCGAAGGAAACAGAGAAACAGGCGCUGAUAGAGCUAAAGGGGAGAGAGGAGACCGAGGCGAGAAGGGUAUGAAGGGGGACAGAGGUCCAGCGGGGCCGAAGGGAGAUUCUGGUUCCAGUUCUGGUUCUGGUUUCUCUUCCUCCCAGGGCGGAGGGCGAGGAGAGAAGGGAGACAAAGGAGCGAAGGGCAGCUCUGGAUUCGGGUACUCCGGCAGUAAAGGAGAACGUGGGAUUCAGGGGCCUCCCGGGCCCCCUGGUCCUCCUGGACCUGCAGCUGAGGUGGUCCGACUCGGGGAUGGGUCUGUCGUGCAGCAGGUGGCCGGACCCCCUGGUCCGCCGGGACCACCGGGGCAGGACGGAGCCCCCGGAGCACGAGGAGCUGAUGGGGAGGCGGGCGAUCCAGGAGAGGACGGGAAACCUGGACCUGCCGGACCACAAGGUUCGCCAGGAAUCCCAGGGACUCCUGGAACCCAGGGCCAAAAGGGUGAGCCUGGAGAGGGUCAGCCUGGACCCAGAGGCCCUCCAGGUCUACCGGGACCUCCUGGACCUGGUGCUGGUUCCGGCCCAACGUUUUUUGACAUGGAGGGCUCAGGAUUCCCAGACUUGGACAAAAUCCGGGGACCCCGUGGUCCUCCAGGCCUCCCAGGUCCUCCUGGUCCUCCUGGGAUCCCGGGGAAUUCAGCAACACUUGGAGAGAACGGUCAAGUAGCCUUUGGACCUCCUGGGCCGCCUGGACAAGACGGUGUCCCUGGUCUCCCUGGCCCCCCUGGUCCUCCUGGUCCUCCUGGUCAAUCUGGAUUCAGAGGAGAAAAGGGUGACGGUGGCGAUCUCGGUCUUCCAGGACCAGCUGGAGAAAAGCAAGGCGUACAAGAGUCCAACUUUUUCACCGACCUGUUCUCUUACUUUGCUCCACCUUCUACGGGUUCUCGAGGUGACCCAGGACAGUCGGGUACACCGGGGCAGACCGGACUGGCCGGGCUCCCCGGUCCCAUGGGACCAAUCGGACCUCCGGGUCCCCCCGGACCACCUGGACCCCCGUAUGGCUCUAGGGGCAGCGAUGGUUAUAUAGUGGAUGACGUGACCAGAUCCUUGCCUGGAGUCCAAGGUCCACCUGGUCCACAGGGUCCACCUGGUAUUGCAGGACUACCUGGUAAGCCAGGCUUGCCAGGCUUACAUGGACAGAAAGGAGCUGAGGGACCACGAGGAGCUGCUGGGAUCCCGGGUCUGGACGGAUUCCCUGGACUUCAUGGUGACAAGGGAGACAGGGGAGAGAAAGGAGAUAUGGGUCUUCCAGGAAGAGAUGGGGGCCCACCUGGACCUCCAGGACCUCCCGGACCUCCAGGGCAGGUGAUCUACCACCCGUCAGAAAAUUUUAACGAGAUUUAUUGGAGAGAAGAUGGGCAGGGAGGUCGUCCUCCUGUUCAAGCAGGAUCCACAGGGCCCAUGGGGCCGAAAGGAGAUAAAGGGGACGUGGGUCCUCCUGGAUAUGCAGCUAAGGGGGAGAAAGGAGAACCUGGAGUCAUCAUGGGGCUUGAUGGGAGACCUUCGUACUUGGGAGGCCUGGCAGGACAGCAGGGGGAGAAGGGUGUUCCUGGCCCAGUGGGACCUCCCGGUCCAUAUGGUCCUCAAGGUCCGAAGGGAGAGAUUGGUUUCCCUGGUAGGCCGGGUCGACCAGGAUUGAACGGCGUCAAAGGAGAGAAGGGAGACUCAGGCGGUGGAUCUGGAUAUGGUUACGCUGGUCCACCAGGUCCUCCAGGGCCUCCCGGACCUCCUGGACCUCCCAGUGCCUUCGAUGGAAGAUAUGAGGAUCCCUCCAGAUAUUAUCCUGUUAAAGGAGAAAAGGGUGAUCGUGGACCACCGGGAAUACCUGACAUUUCAGGUGGUGGAUUUGACAUUUACACCUUGAAGAAUGAGCUGAAAGGUGAAAUCGGCUUGAAAGGAGAGAAGGGAGAACCGGGCGGAGGAUAUUAUGAUCCCCGCUAUGGAGGCAGCGCCCCGGGCCUCCCUGGACCUCCGGGACCUAAAGGUGAGUCCAUCGUUGGGCCUCCAGGCCCUCAGGGGCCACCUGGACCUCCAGGAAGAGGCUACGAUGGCCAACCUGGACCACCAGGGCCACCGGGACCUCCAGGACCGUCCCUGCCUGGUGCCCACAGGGGAACCCAGACCAUCAGUAUUCCUGGACCCCCGGGACCUCCUGGAGCUCCUGGACUGCCUGGAACCUCGUCAGGGGUGACAGUGUUGAGGUCUUAUGAAACCAUGGCGGCCACCGCGAGGAGGCAGCCCGAGGGCUCUCUGGUCUACAUCAUCGACCGGACUGAUCUCUACCUGCGGGUGCGAGAUGGCGUCCGUCAGGUCCAGCUUGGGAGCUACAUCGCUUUGCCGUCUGUGGAUGGAAAUGAAGUUGCAGCUGUGGAGCCCCCGCCGGUUGUCCCUUACCCAGACCACCACUCCAACACCGACACCUCCACUCAUGACUCGCAGAGGCCCCCUGAGAGUCCUGAACAACAACCAACCGACCCCCGAUACCAACCCGACCCUCGCUACCAGCCUGACCCCCGAUACCAGCCCGAUUCCCGAUACCAGCCUGACCCUCGAUACCAACCCGACCCUCGCUACCAGCCUGACCCCCGAUACCAACCAGAUACCCGAUACCAGCCCGAACCCCGAUACCCAGCACCGACAGAUCCCAGGUUCCCAAGUUACACUGAGAGAAUAAACCAACCAGAUACUAGGUUUUCAGUCCCAGACACUCGCUACCCAGUCACCCCUCGAAGACCUCCGCCUCCUUCCGUGCCCCAGACUCCGCCCCACCAGCACACCUCAGGACCAGGGCUCCACCUCAUCGCCCUGAACAGCCCUCAGACCGGCGCCAUGCGGAGCAUCAACGGGGCCGAUUACCUGUGCUUCAACCAGGCUCAGGCCAUUGGGAUGAAGGGAACUUUCCGGGCCUUCCUGUCCGCCAGACUCCAAGACCUGCACAGCAUCGUCCGCAAGGCCGACAGGGACCGUUUCCCAAUAGUCAACCUGAAGGACGAGGUUCUGUUUGACAACUGGAACGCCAUCUUCAGUGAUGGCAGGAUGAAGGACAACGCACCGAUCUACUCCUUUGACGGCAAGGACGUCCUGAGGGACAGCACAUGGCCGGAGAAGAUGGUGUGGCACGGCUCGACCAACGACGGUCAACGCCACGUCAACGACAUCUGCGAGACGUGGCGUGUCGGCGACCGGGCGCUGAGCGGCAUGGCGUCGUCACUGCAGAGCGGCAACCUGCUGCAGCAGAGCUCCAGCAGCUGCUCCAACUCCUACGUGGUGCUGUGCAUCGAGAACAGCUACAUCGGCCACAACAAGAGAUAAACACACAAACACAACACUUUGAUCCGUCUAUGCGCCACUUCUGGUUCUUUGUAAAUACGACUUUCUGUGUCCUUCAUUAAUCUACACAAGGUUAUACCAAGUUGAGCUCAGGUGACCUAUAGCAACUCACCCUCUGGCGGCCAUAUUGGAAGUCAAAAGUUGUCCUUAAGUUUUUGCCAUUUUUCCAUUUUUCCUUGCAUGUGUGGUUCUAUUACAGACAAAAUGACAAGCAGCAAACAUUGUGACCCCAUGUCAUUAUCUCAGAGAAGGAUAAACCACGACAACAGAGCUGCAGAACUAUUGUGUUCCAGUUACUGCUCAAGUAUCUGAAAAUAAGCCUUAACAAUGAUUUAAAUAAGAAUUCCUGUGUCUUAUACGCCACAUUCAUGCUCAUAUACAGUAUUUGUCAGUGCCAGAGUUUAGAGUAGGUCUAUAAUAUUUAGCGUCUGUGAGCAAAUACUGAGUUUUUGUAUGUGAAAUGUAUGUUUGUUUUUUACUACUACUUCAACUCUACACUGAUUUAAUUGUAACCCACAGCACUUGAGUGACAUCCUUUUUCAGUUUGCUACGGUUUGAUAUUUUCAAGUAUUCUUUGGAAAUACCAAAAAAAAAAAGGAUAUUUAUUUUUUAUAAGCUGUGCUUUUUUCUACUUCACCUGUAACGUGUGACGUGAAUGCUUUCACCAAGAAUAAUAAAAUAUGUCCUGUAUAUGUUAAAGUUUGCACACAUAGAAAGCAAACAGAUGAGAUGUGUGUGUACAGAAGUCUGGAAAGGAUUCAGCCAUAAAUGUGUUGUGCACUGUUGCUCGUUCAUUGUUUUGCUUGCAGGAGCGGAGAGUAUACAUAACCUUUCAUGUACUAACGGCUAUAACAAAUGCAGUAUGAUGUGCGUGUUCUUGAAUAAAUGUUAAUUGUGUGUGAGGCUCUUAGCUGGAGCUGCACAAAAAGAAAA